AAGAAGGGUCUCCGAAGAAGAGCAGGAGGAAAGAGCCGGAGCAAUCAACCACCACCACCACCACCACCAGCAGCGCACCACACGCACACACGACAUGGGCAACGGCAACGGCAUCGGCAUCGACAUGACCUCGACCUGCCUGCCAGCCAUCCGUGCUCCCUGGUUCCCACUCCCCUCGAGAAAAGAGAGCCGUGCCCCAUGCGUGCCGUCCUCACUUAAGCCAAAGAGCCAAUCUCGUCGAGGCAGUGCCAUUGUUGCACAUGGUGUGGCCUCUUCCCUUUUGGCGCACAGUCACACAGACCUCAUUUCCUCUUUGGCGCGACAUUGCGUUACACUUACGGGCACGGAGCACCAUCAGCAGCAGCAGCAGCAACCACCACCAACGGAACGGCACCACAGCACCACCCAGGCAAGCGGCAAGCAGCCGGUGCUGCGAUGGAUCCUCGGUCGGUGCAUGUGCAUCGUGAGAAAGUGUACUGGAGACAUUCCCACAAGUAUUGGGAUUGUGCCGCACUUCUGCUGCCGGUUACCCGGUGCCUCGCCCUCGGCUUCGGCCUCGUCCUCGGUCAGCUGUGACACUUGUUUGGCGCAUUUUGCGAGAUUGGGCAUUCGGAUUGGGCCAUUGACGAAAUCCACCUGCCCCAAGGGUGAGUUCCAGUUCAAAUGCAGAACCAGGGGUCGCUGCAAUCGCAGCCAUGAAAUCGAGAAGUUAACAAACAGUGCAGCCAGGCACCGGCGACAUUUGCUGACAUCUGAUGGCACUGAUUUCGUACAUUUCGUACAGUUCGUUUCCAGUUUUCUUCGUGGGGGAGGUUUCUGAGAUCAUCAGCGUGGCAAUGUUUUGAUAUGGGUUUCGGGACGACUUAAGGAAGACAGCCAUAUCCAAAAACAGGGAUUUCAAUUGCGCCAAUUUCCAUGAGGGUGAAGAUUUUAAAAGAGGGAUAAACUGUUGACAAUGAUGAAUCAUCCUGCUUGUGGAAGUGGAUGAGGCGGAUCAAGGAUCGUAAGAAAGCAGAAUAAUCGUUCAGAAUUGUAAUCUUUCCCAAUAAAAGAAACGUGCUGAUAUUUAAUAAACAUUUUAAUUGAAAGUA